UCAUGGCCCUGUCAUUAAGCUUUAUUGCUAAAUCACUAGGUGGUAUCAUUAUGAAAACUUCCAUUACUCAAAUAGAAAGGAGAUUUGAUAUAUCCUCUUCGGUCGCUGGCUUAAUUGAUGGAAGUUUUGAAAUUGGAAAUUUGCUUGUGAUUGUAUUUGUAAGUUACUUUGGAUCCAAGCUACAUAGACCAAGAAUAAUUGGAAUUGGUUGCAUCGUUAUGGGAACUGGAAGUAUUUUGACUGCUUUGCCACAUUUCUUCAUGGGCUAUUAUAGGUUUUCUAAAGAAAUCACUAAUCCAUCACUGAACUCAACAUCAAGCUUGUCAACCUGUUUAAUUAAUCAACCUUUAUUACUCGAUAGAACAUCACCUGAUAUAGUGGGAAAUGACUGUGUAAAGGAAUCUGGAUCAUACAUGUGGAUAUAUGUUUUAAUGGGUAAUCUACUUCGUGGAAUUGGGGAAACCCCAAUAGGACCUUUGGGGGUUUCUUACAUUGAUGAUUUUGCUAAAGACGGGCAUUCUUCUUUCUAUGUAGGUUCUUUGAAUGCAAUAGCCAUGAUUGGUCCUGCCAUUGGCUUUUUCUUGGGCUCUCAGUUUGCUAAACUGUAUGUGGACAUUGGAUACGUAGAUCUAAGCAGUGUUCACAUAACUCCAAAGGAUUCUCGUUGGGUUGGUGCUUGGUGGCUUGGUUUCCUAGUGGCUGGACUAUUCGCCAUUGUUUCUUCCAUACCAUUCUUUUUUCUUCCUAAAAAUCUGAAUGAACCUCAAAUAGAAAGGAAAGUUUCAAUAUCUUCUCAAGCUUCCAAAACAAAUAAAGAAAUGAAGUUAAGAUCAAAAUCAACCAACUAUGAGCAAACUGUGACUGGCAAUAUAUUUUGUACUGUUAUUUUUUUUACAGGCUUUUUAAAGUCACUGAAAAGCAUCCUUACCACUCCCCUGUACAUUAUAUUUGUGGGUAUUACAUUGUUUAGCUUCAGUAGCUUUAUUGGUGGUAUUACUUACAUCUUCAAAUUCAUAGAACAACAGUUUGGCCAGUCAACAGCUGAUGCAAACUUUUGGAUAGGGCUCCUCAGCAUGCCUACUCUUUCAUCUGGAUUUCUUAUAGGAGGAUAUAUCAUUAAAAAAUUCAAACUUAGCGUGGUUGGAAUUGCAAAAUUAUCCUUUUUUUCCUUUUUGUUGGCUUUCAUAUUACAAACAUUUUAUUUUUUACUAAUCUGUGAAACCAAAUCAGUUGCUGGCCUAACCUUGACUUAUGAUGGGAAAACCCCAGUUGCAUCUCAUAAAAAUGUACCACUUUCUUAUUGCAACUCAGAUUGCAAUUGUGAUGAGACCCAAUGGGAACCACUCUGUGGAGAGAAUGGAAUAACUUAUGUUUCACCUUGUCUAGCAGGAUGCAAAUCUUCAAGUAGCAAAAAAACAAAAAUGCCUAAAGUGUUUUAUAACUGCAGUUGUGUGGACAUAACUGGUUUCCAGAACAGAAAUAACUCAGCCCAUUUGGGUGAAUGCCCAAGAAGUGAUCACUGUGUAAAAAAUUUUUACUUAUAUUUAGCCUUGACAGCCUUGGUUACUCUUUCCAGUGGACUGGGAAGUACUCCUACUAUUAUGCUGAUUUUUAAAAAUGUUCAACCAGAACUGAAAUCACUUGCAUUAGGCUUUCAUUCACUGACUAUACGAUCACUAGGAGGAAUUCUAGCUCCUAUAUAUUUUGGGGCUUUGAUUGAUAGAGCAUGUUUGAAGUGGUCCAUCAGCAAUUGUGGAAAGCAAGGAACGUGUAGGAUAUAUGAUAACAAAUUAUUUGCAAACUAUUUCUUAGGAAUAACUUUGACCUUAAAAAUCUCAUCAAUUAUUUUAUUUAUCAUAUUCCUUUUUAUCAUGAUGAAAAAAUAUCAAAGAAAAGAUACUAAAACAUCAGAAAAGAAAGAAAAAGUUGUGAUUGAAGCAAACUUAGAACCCUUAAACAAUAAUGGACAUUUUAUAUCUUCUGCUGGAGAGGAUGAUGAAACAAGUAUUUAA